AUGGACCAAGCCCACAGCGCCGCCCUGCAGCUGCGGCAGCUCCCGCCCACCAGCAGCGCCGACCCCAGGAGCCAGGCCUCCUUCUCCUACAAGGAAAACUUGAUCGGCGCCCUUUUGGCAAUUUUCGGGCACCUAGUGGUCAGCAUUGCACUUAACCUCCAGAAGUACUGCCACAUCCGGCUGGCAGGCACCAAGGACCCCCGGGCCUAUUUCAAGACCAAGACAUGGUGGCUGGGCCUGUUCCUGAUGCUGCUGGGCGAACUGGGCGUGUUCGCCUCCUAUGCCUUCGCUCCUCUGUCCCUGAUUGUGCCCCUCAGCGCCGUCUCCGUGAUAGCGAGUGCCAUCAUAGGAAUCAUAUUCAUCAAAGAAAAGUGGAAACCUAAAGACUUCCUGAGGCGCUACGUCUUGUCCUUUAUCGGCUGCGGUUUGGCCAUUGUGGGCACCUACUUGCUGGUGACAUUCGCACCCAACAGCCACGAGAAGAUGACGGGCGAGAACAUCACCAGGCACCUCGUGAGCUGGCCUUUUCUCCUGUACAUGCUGGUGGAGAUCAUCCUGUUCUGCCUGCUGCUGUACUUCUACAAGGAGAAGAAUGUCACCAACAUCGUCGUGAUUCUCCUCCUGGUGGCGUUGCUCGGCUCCAUGACGGUGGUGACGGUGAAGGCCGUGGCCGGGAUGCUGGUCCUGUCCAUCCAGGGGAACCUGCAGCUCGACUACCCCAUCUUCUACGUGAUGCUCGUGUGCAUGGUGGCCACCGCCAUCUACCAAGCCACGUUUUUAAGUCAAGCCUCACAGAUGUACGACUCCUCUCUGAUUGCCAGCGUGGGCUACAUCCUGUCCACAACCAUCGCCAUCACAGCAGGCGCCGUGUUUUACCUGGACUUCAUCGGGGAGGACGCGCUGCACAUCUCCAUGUUUGCACUGGGGUGCCUCAUCGCAUUCCUGGGCGUCUUCUUAAUCACGCGGAACAGGAAGAAGGCCAUUCCGUUUGAGCCCUAUAUCUCCAUGGAUGCCAUGCCAGGGAUGCAGAACAUGCAUGACAAGGGGAUGGUGGUCCAGCCCGACCUCAAAACUUCCUUCUCCUACGGGGCCCUGGAAAGCAACGACAGCAUUUCUGAGAUCUACGCUCCGGCCACGCUGCCCGUCAUGCAGGAAGAGCACGGUUCCAGGGGCGCCCCCGGGGCUCCCUACCGAGUCCUGGAGCACACCAAGAAGGAGUGA